CAUAGAGCACGCGAGGAACGAGUGCCACGCUCCGCCAUGAUUGUUUUUCAAGGGCUCACCCUCGAGACGGCCUUGCCCGAGGUUCUCGGUUAUCCAGAGUGCGAGACGGAUCGACAGACUCCGACAAGUGCUGCCAUGCGCGGGCGUGAUGUCCGAUCCUGAGUCGCACGGCACCGAGCCCGCCGCCACGCAAAUCCAGCCAUCUACCACACCGAAGCCGAACCAACGUCCUGUUAUCCCACUUUUUUAUUUUCCUUACGGGCGUCCGCUGUCGGCAGUCGAGAUUGACAUGGCGUGUCGCGACGUACGCAUGGCGUUGAAUGACAUCUCCGGGGACGUCUUGGGUGUUGAAGACUUCAUCACCUUAGCGCAUGCUUGCUCAUUGCCUGGAUGCUUCAAGACAGCGCUGUUUGCUGCGGCGGGAGGACGGAAAGACAGACCGGUGACGAAAGAGCGGUUCUGCAGGUACUACAGUCACCUUGUGGCCAAUUUUCCAGAAGAGAAUUCUCGAGCCGUCCAUGUUCUUGCUCCGGAUCGCGAUUACCUGGUUAUCGAAGACUUGCAUUCGAUUUUUGUGGACUUCUUCGAAAUGCACCCAAAGAUGAACUUCCUUCAGAAGACACCACAGUUCAGAGAGCCUUACGUAAACGUCGCGUUAACUAAGUACUUCUUCUAUGCAUCUCGGACGUGGAAAAACAUGCUAAGCAUACGAGACCUAAGAGACAGCCAGCUGCUACCGUCGCUCAGGGUCAUGGAAGAAACAGCGGAGCUUGAUCCAAGCAAUGACGUGUUUUCAUUCGGCUCCUUUUACGUAACGUAUGCUAUAUUCGAAGGCCUCGAUCGGGACAGAGACGGAAUGCUGAGCCCAGAAGAGAUAAAGAACUUUCAAGGAGGAGCAUUCACGAACCGUGGUCUCGACAGGAUACUGUGCUCUGCAGUAGUCAAAAGAGUCAACGCGCGGCAGAUGAUGUCCCUACAAGACUUCGUCGUGUUCCAUGUCGUCGAGUCGAACAAGGGCCUUCCAAAGAGCGUCGAGUUUUGGUUUCAUUGUCUCGACUUCGACGGCGACGGCUUUAUCACAGUCUACGACAUGCAGUACCUAUACGAAGACAAGCGACGCAUCGUUGAGCGCCACUUUCCGUGCUGCGACUUUACGGAAGUAGCUCAUGAGAUCUUCGAGAGAGUUAAACCGAAGAAGCCGCAGUUCAUAACUGUGUCGGACCUAAAAAAGUGCGACACCAGUGUUGUUUGCAUGAUCGUGAACACUUUUAUGCUCGUGCCCAUGACAGUGAGGUAGCACAGUGAUCUAAGUUCAUCAGAUUGAAACGGUGUGCUAUUACUGCCGCAACUUGUUGAAUUCGGUGGAUGUGUUGUGACAAAUGUAACGGGUUGUAUCAGAGACGUUCACCCAAGGACAGCUUUUAGAACUCUGUGUAACGCUAGCGUGUGAGUCUUAGAAGUGGGACAUGUGUAAUUUUCCUCAACAUUAUUUCUGUAGCGGCCGGCUGGUGUUUUGAAUUUGGACGCAGAUAUCGUCAAUCGGGACUACAGGGGAUAGCUUGGUGAGCUGGAAGUAGAAAUCGCCCAUUCUAGAUUUUAGCUUUGUCAUUUGAUGACACUAACGUUGAAAAUUGACUUUGUGUAUUUUUCGGGCUAUAUAUUUAAACCGUGAGAGGACCUGGAUGAGAACAUUAAACUGUCUCGGAUUAUGA